CAGGCGGAUGUAGCACUCACGUUCUAUCUUUUCCUUUUAAUGAACUAAAGUUCCUGCCAAAAGUAUACAUAAGAUGUUGGGGCGCGCAGAAGACCCUACUGUGGUCCUGGAUCACAAGGAACCUGCAGCUAUGAACAUCUAGAUAUUGGGACCGCCAACCACACCGAUUCAUUUGAGAUUUUCCAUCUCAAAUGCGCUAAGAUGAAUUUCCUGCAGUUGUUGGCACUAUGGCUGGUCAGCAUCCUCACCCCGGGAAUAUUUAGUCCCCUGGUUGCCGAAGGGAAAUUGGACUGGUCCAUGCUAUCACGGUGUAGCCUCUUUGGAGGAAGCCAUGUACGGACAUUCGAUGGCACAUUCUAUGACUUUCUUGGAGACUGCAGUUACAUGCUGGCUGGAGACUGUCACCGCCAUUCCUUCUCCCUGCUUGUGGAUUAUAGAAAUGGUAAAAGGAAGAGCGUGUCGAUGUACUUGGGAGAGUAUUUUGACAUUCACGUCUUUUUGGACGGAACUGCAACAGAAGGAGAAAAAAGCAUUUCUAUGCCAUACGCCUCCAAUGGGAUAUUCCUGGAAACCGAAGCUGGAUAUUAUAAACUGUCUAGUCAGGAGCAUGGCUUUAUGGUUAAGAUCGACACCAGCGGGAACGUGCAGGUCGUGUUGUCCAACAAACUAUCUAACAAAACAUGUGGGCUCUGCGGCAACUUCAAUCAACUUGCAGAAGAUGAUUUCAUGACUCAAGAGGGCAUUAUGGCAGAGAAGAGCCACGAGUUUGCAAAUUCUUGGGCAAUGCACGGGGGAGAAAAAAGGUGCAAACGAGUGUAUCCACCUAAUAAUACCUGUAAUAUAACAUCCGAAACUGCAGAAAAGGGCUUUUUGCAAAGAUGCGAACUGCUGAAAACAUCCUCCACGUUCAUGAAGUGCCACCACGUCGUUGACCCAGAUCCAUACGUGGCUAUUUGUGAAGAUGACAUGUGUACAUGUGCCGAGGACAUGAACUGUCCCUGUGAAACUUUCUUGGAAUAUGCAAGAACCUGCGCUCAGCAUGGCGUUAUCAUGAACAGCUGGGCGACACACACAGCUUGUAAACCCCAGUGUCCACCAGGAAUGGAAUAUAAUGAAUGCGUGACCCCCUGCGUUAAAACCUGCCAGAGUCUAGAUAUCAAUGAGGUGUGUCAAGAACAAUGCCUUGAUGGAUGUAGUUGCCCAGAGGGAAAGGUACUUGAUGGUGAUCGAUGUAUUGAUGCAUCGGAGUGCUCGUGCAUUCAUUCUGGAAAGAGAUACCCCGUGGGGUCCACCAUCCAUCGCGAUUGUAAUACUUGUACCUGCAAUCGGGGUCUUUGGGAAUGCAGCAGUGAAGAUUGCCCAGGGGAAUGCUUCGUAACGGGACAGUCCCAUUUCAAAAGCUUUGAUAACAAGCAUUUCACCUUCAGCGGAAUAUGUCAUUACUUGCUCGCCAAAGACACAAUGGACAACUCAUUCUCCGUUGUCAUAGAAACUGUACAGUGUGCUGAUGACCCUGAUGCCGUAUGUAUCCGUUCUGCUUCUGUACGCCUUCAGGACAUGCAAAAUAUAACCGUAAAGCUGAAGCACGGCGGGGUUGUCUCCCUUGAUGGUCAGGACGUCCUCCUUCCUUUACUACAUGGUCCCCUCCGUAUCCAGACCACCGUGAUGUCCUCAGUACGGCUCUCUUACAAAGAUGAUCUACAGAUUGAUUGGGAUGGACAUGGAAAACUUUUAGUAAAGGUGUCACCAACGUACUCAGAUUACACAAGCGGUCUUUGUGGAAACUACAACGGCAACCAAGGCGAUGACUUCCUCUCGCCAUCUGGGCUCGUGGAGGCGAGUGUGGAGGACUUUGGGAAUUCCUGGAAACUCAGCGGAGAUUGCACAGAUCUGCUAAAACAAGACCGAGAUCCAUGUAGUCUAAAUCCCAAACGAGCCAGGUAUGCUGAAGACGUAUGCUUCGCCAUUAUGACAUCUAUUUUCCAACCCUGCCAUCACGAGGUGAACCCUGCACCGUAUCUGAAGAACUGCCGUUACGAUGUUUGCUCAUGCGCAGAUGGGAAGGAAUGUAUGUGUUCUGCUCUUUCAACCUACGCCAUAGCCUGCUCUAGAAAAGGCAUCGUGAUUGACUGGCGAACUCCAGAAUUCUGCCCUGUCAAGUGUUCAGAAGGAAAAAUCUACCAACAAUGUGGAAGUCCGUGCAACCAAACCUGCAGAUCCUUGUCUCUGCCUGAUACAGACUGUAAGGAGUUUUGUAUGGAGGGAUGCUAUUGCCCCCCUGGACUGCAUGUCAACGAAUACAAUGAAUGCGUACCCAAAUCAGAGUGUUCAUGCUAUUAUGACGGAGAGCUUUUUCAGCCUGAUGACAUUUUUUCGAACCAUCACUCCAUGUGUUAUUGUGAGAACGGGCUGAUGCACUGCAGUACCAAUGAAGUACCCGGCGCCUACUUUUCAGAUGAUUUCUUCGCUCAAGAAUAUCGACCAUCGGCGAGAGUGAAAAGAAGUCUUACCUGCAGACCUCCGCUGGAUAGGUUUAUUUGCCCUGCCAAUGAUCCAAAAGCCACCGGGUUAGAAUGUGCCAAAACCUGCCAGAACUAUGAGCUGGAAUGCAUGAGCCAUGGCUGUGUAUCUGGAUGCAUGUGCCCCAAGGGAUGGGUUCGUCACAAUUCAAAGUGCGUGGUGCCUGAGAGGUGUCCAUGUUUCCAUGCCGGGAAAGAGUAUGCUCCAGGAGAAGAUGUGAAGAUUGACUGCAACACUUGUGUUUGCGAGAACAGAAAAUGGCAGUGUACGAAGAAUGUAUGUGAUGCGACUUGUUCGGCUAUAGGAGCUGCUCACUACAUCACAUUCGAUGGCCUGAAAUAUGCUUUUCCUGGGAACUGUCAAUAUGUACUGGUCCAGGAUUAUUGCAAUGGAGGUACAGGGACAUUCCGUAUUCUUAUUGAAAACGAAGGUUGUGGAUUAUCUUUGGAAAAAUGCUCCAAAAAGAUUAUAAUUCUUUUCAGAAAUGGAGAAAUCUACUUGGCUGAUGAACAGGUUCACAUUAAAACUCCUCCAAGAGAUGAUACCAAUAUAGAAGUCUUACAGUCUGGAAAAUACUUUAUCCUAAUUCUCGGAAAUGAGAUGUAUAUCACCUGGGACAAGGGAACCAGGAUUUAUGUGACGUUAAAAGAACAAUAUAAGGAUAAAGUCUGCGGCCUGUGUGGAAAUUUCGACGGAAUUGAAAACAACGACUUGACGAGUAGCAAUAAUCAGGUGGAAAUUAACCCAAGCGAUUUUGGAAAUUCCUGGAAAGUAAAUCCUCUAUGUGCUGAUGCUGCAAAGUUUACCACAGAAAAAGCUCUAUCAUUAUGCGAACAAAACCUUAUGAAGCAUGUGACAGUAGAGAACGCGUGUGACAUUCUGACAGGUGAAAUCUUUGCCGAAUGUGCAAAAGCGGUAAACCCAGAACCGUACUGGGAGAUCUGCGUGUAUGACACUUGUAGCUGUGAAUCUAUUGGUGACUGCGCGUGUUUCUGCGACUCCAUCGCAGCUUAUGCUCACGCCUGCGCUCAGAAGGGAGUCAACGUUCACUGGAGGACAUCACACUUGUGCCCACAAAGCUGUGAAGAGAAGAAUAAGAAGGAGUUGGAAUACGUAUGUGAGUGGCGAUACAACAGCUGUGCAUCUGCAUGUCCCGUGACAUGCCAGCACCCUGAGAAAGUAGACUGUCCCCUUAAGUGUGUGGAGGGGUGCCACGCAUACUGUCCUCCGGGUAAAAUACUUGAUGAAGUAUCAGAAUCAUGCGUCCACCCAAGCGAAUGCCCCGUGUGUGUUGUUGAAGGUCGACAUAUACCCCAUGGACAGAAAGUUAUUUUGAACCGAGACGACCCACUGCGUUGCCAGUCUUGUCAUUGCGAAGGAAGAAACCUGCAGUGUACCGAUUGCCCAGUAGAUAUCAUAACCACACCAAGCCCUACGCUUCAACCACAUGACUUAACAACUACUCUGGAACCUAUAGUGGAGGAAGGAACGUACGAAUGCAAUAAAAUGAUGGACCUGGCUUUCCUGGUCGACGGUUCUUCCAAACUUUCCGAAAGCGACUUUGAGACCGUUAAGGCAUUUAUUGUUGGCAUCAUGGAAAAAAUUCAUAUCUCGCAAAAGAGAAUCCGCGUAUCGGUCGUGCAGUAUCAUUCUUUGUCAACGCCCAAGUUAUUCGGCCUCAACGAGAACAAGAAGCUCUCAGAGCUGGUUAAGAAAGUGAAAAACAUGAAAUACUUUGGUAGCCCGACUUCAUCUACCUUCGAGGCACUUAAGUAUGUUUCUCAUUACGUGUUCCCCGAAGCACCAAGAGACAACGCGCCCAAAAUUGCAGUCCUGUUGACAGCGAGUAGCUCCCCGAAGAGCAUAUCAAGUUUAAUGAAGACCAUUAUGAAGAGGAAGAUCACGGUUAUUCCGGUUGCUAUAGGCCCACAUGUCAAAAUGGAUGAUAUAAACUUAAUUAAAAGUAAAUCUCCCAUGAAUAAACCAUUUAUUCUAGACAGCGCCUCUGAACUACUGGACCGAAGAGACGAAAUUAUUGAUUAUUUGUGUGACUUGGCACCAGAUCCAACAAGAGCACCCGUACUGUUCCCAGCUCCCACAAAACCCCCCAGCAUAACUACCCCACAAGUGAAGGCUACCAUUCCGCCUAUCAAACUGGUUCCUAAACCUUCACCAAAGGACGGCGUCAUUGAUAUUGUGUUUAUAGUUGAAGGUUCGGAUAAAGUUGGCGAGGUCAACUUUAACAAGACCAAGACUUUCCUCGAAAACGUGAUUCAGGGUAUGGAUAUAAGCGAAGAAACGAUUCACAUCACCAUCAUACAGUAUUCAUUCACUAUAAUUGUAGAGUAUACCUUCACCGAGAGACAAUCCAAGAAGGACAUUAUCGAAAGUAUACGAGAAAUGAAAUUCCGGGGUGGAAAUGCAACCAAUACAGGAAAAGCCAUUAACUACGUCAGCGAGCAGACAUUCACAACGAAAACUGGAAGCAGGGAUCAAGUUUCGCAUUUGGCUUAUUUGGUAACAAGUACCCCACCAUCGGAUGUCAUUACUCAGGUUGAUUCGAGCAUAAACUUUGUUCCCAUAGCUGUAGGCUCAGAUAUCGACAUCCGUGAAUUUGAUCUGAUCACGUCGCGGGACAAAGUGAUAAAGAUUGACGAUUACACACUACUCAUUAACGAAGCACCAGAUUUGGUGCUAGAAACAUGUUGUUUAAGCCAACAUAUAAAACCAACGGUAUCCUUACAAACAGUUCAGUGCGUCAAACCUAUGGAUGUGAUAUUCAUCCUCGACGGGGGUUCAAAUGUCAGUCCACCACAGUUCGAAGAAAUGAAAACGUUUGUGAAGACCUUUAUCAAUAAAGUCGAUAUUGGGUAUGAUGCAACACAAGUAGCUGUCCUUCAGUAUGGAAUGACAAACACCCUAGAAAUUGCCUGGACAGACCCUCAAGACAAAGCAAGCCUACUCCACGCGCUAAACAACAUUCAGAAAAGAGAGGAGGGUCCUGGCAGAAUAGGCGAGGCCCUGAUUUUUGCCGUCCAGAGCGCCAUAUCGGAAGUGCAUGGAGGAAGACCGAUCGCGUCGAAGGUUGUGGUCAUGGUUAUUACCGACAGGUCGUAUGACCAGGUGGAUGCAGCAGCUGAAACCGCCGCCGCUAACCGAAUAUCUGUCUUCCCAAUUGGGGUUGGACCAAGAUACGAUGAGGAUGAGCUGAAGGUGCUUGCUGGACCAUCAGCCAACGAUAAAAUCAUCAAACUUCAACUCACAGAAGACUUGCCCACCAUGAUGAUGGUGAACAACGAUUUCAUCAGAAAACUUUGCACCGGUCUUGAUAAAGUGUGUAUUGAUGAUGAUGGAAACAAAAGAAAGCACGGGGAAACAUGGAUGCUAAAAGAUACAUGCCACAGCGUGACAUGCAUGUCAGACGGAACAAUGAGUAUGGUGAGCCGCAAAGUAAACUGCGAAAAGAUUCCUAAGCCUUCGUGUCACAAUAACCUUCCAGCUGUUAAAAUUGAGGAGACGUGUGGCUGUAGAUGGACCUGCCCUUGUAUGUGUAUUGGAAGUUCCACCCGCCAUAUUGGUACAUUUGACGGACUAGAAUUUAAACUCUUGGGUAACUGUUCCUACGUUCUGUUUGACGACAAAGAACAUGACCUUCAAGUCAUCCUUCAAAAUGGAGAAUGCCGCUCUAUAAAUCAUCAAAUAUGUAUGAAGUAUAUAGAAGUGAAGUACAAACAAGAUUCCAUACAACUUUUGCAUACUAUGCAGGUUUCAGUGAAUGGAAAAAUGGUUUCCAUACCUUAUAAAAACAACAAUUUCGAGGUGACCCACUAUGAAGUUGUUAUCCACGAGAUUAAGAUUCCAAGCCUGGGAUUCCUUUUUUCAUUUACACCGAUGAACAAUGAAUUUAUGCUUCAGCUCAACCCCAGUGCGUUUUCUCUAAAGAUGUCGGGUCUGUGUGGAAUCUGUGACCAAAACCCGAUAAAUGACUUCACCUUAGCCGACGGCUCAAUAACUACAGACAAUAGUAGAUUCAUAAAGGAUUGGACGGUGCAUGAUACUCUUGGAAGAACCUGUGAAACGAAACUGGAUGACCCAUGCACGGAGCCAGUUAGUGCCCAAUGCGACAUUAUGCUUUCCGCCAUUUUUGAGGAGUGCCACAAGAAAAUUUCACCUAGCACCUACUAUCAAACAUGCAGAGAAACAAGUUGCCACGGUCAGGACCCAUGUGAAGUCAUUGCCACUUACAGUCACAUUUGCAGGAUUCAUGGAGAGUGUGUAGACUGGAGAAAACCAGGGUUUUGUGCUAUGGAGUGUCCAACAUCAAUGGUUUAUAAUCACUGCCGUUUGGGGUGCAAUAAGGAGUGUGGGAAUACGUCUAAUGGAGUCCAGUGCUCCCAUCACCCCACAGAAGGUUGCUUCUGUCCGGAGGGAGAUGUGCUUAUGAAUGGGAGAUGUGUCAGUGAAAAUGUUUGUAGUCAGUGCACUGAUGAGUAUGGAGAAGACCACCAACACUUGGAAAGAUGGAUUCCCAUUAACGAUCCCUGCGGUCUCUGCAUCUGCCUUGAUAACAGGACAAUUAACUGCACCUCAAGGCCGUGCCCUUCAAUCGAACCCAUUACUUGUGGACCUUGCGAAUUUCCCAGGCUUAAAACGACUUCUAAAAACUGCUGUCCGGAAUAUGAAUGCGUUUGUGAUAAAACAUGUGACGUGACUCCAGUACCGCACUGUGAGAAUGGACUCGUCCCCAUCCUGACAAACCCAGGGCAAUGCAAAGCACUUUAUCAGUGUGUCUGUAAAAAAGAAACAUGUGCCUAUGAAAAGCAUCGUCCCUCCUGCCCGCCAUAUAAAGAGCUCACGCUGAAGGAGACUCAGUGCUGCGACGAAUACGAAUGUGUUUGCAGCUGCACAAACUCCACAGUCACCUGUCCAGUUGGAUAUAUAUCAUCGUUCUUCACCAAUGAGUGCGGUUGCACGUCUGUUACAUGCCAUCCAGAUAAGGUUUGUGUGUAUAAAAAUAAUGCCCACUCAGUUGGAAGCUCCUGGGAGGACGGAUGUAUGACCUGUUCAUGCACAGACAUGGAAGAUUCGGUUACCCAGCUCCAUGUAGUGGAAUGCCUUGAAAAGAGAUGCAAGAAAGACUGUGAUCCAGGUUUCACAUACAUAAAGAAAAAUAAUGAGUGUUGUGGAAAGUGCGUAAGGACCGUGUGUGAACAAACCUUCAAACUAAGAGGUCAAGGAGACUUUGACAUGCCGCAGGACAAAAUCCGUUAUUACAAUGUUGGUUCCAGCUGGAAGUCUCCCUAUGACCCAUGUAUUAUCAAUGAGUGCGUACAAGUAAACGAUGAAGUAUUUGUCCUGGAAAAGAAUGUGUCCUGCUCAGAUAUAAAUGCCAAAAAGUGUUCUGUGGGAUAUGAACUAGUAUGCAUGCAGGGAUCAGAAUGCUGUCCCAUGUGCCAUUGUGAACCAAUACCUGGCUGUCCCCUCAAUGGAACGAUUAUUGGGCCUUCCGAAACAAUGAUGAUUGACGAAUGCACCACAUGCGAGUGCAGCAUGAAGAGCGGACCCAUUCUGAGCUACAAGCUCACUUGUCGGAAAACAACAUGCCAGCCUUGCCCUCCAAAUUCUGUCUUGCAAAAAGUCUCUGGAUCAUGCUGUGGCAAAUGUGUGUCCAUUGCUUGCCCUGCAACGUUGAGAAAUGGAACCACUGUUUUUGUGAAGCCUAAUGAAUCCAUAAAAGACGGAUGCGAUUUCUACUCCUGUAAAAUAAAUGACCUGGGAGAGCUGACCAGGGAAAAGAAAGUAACAACCUGUCCUCCUUUCAACAGAGAAAAAUGCUUGGCAGAUGGGGGUAAAAUAAAAGAAUUGGAUAAUUCCUGCUGUGAAACAUGUGUGGAGCCAGAAUGCAGACAAACUACUGGAAUUCUGAAAUAUAUCCGGGUCGAUGACUGCUUGACCGAAAGGCAGGUGAACAUACAGUAUUGUGAGGGCAAAUGUACCAGCAAAUCAGUCUAUGCCAUAGAAACGCAUAGCAUGGAAGAUCAGUGUGUUUGCUGUUCUGCGAUCCAGACAGAAUCAUUGCAGGUGUCGCUGAGAUGUCCCAAUGGAACUAUUGUUCAACAUGAAGUCCUUCAAGCAAAGAAUUGUGAAUGUGUAUCUCACAAAUGUACAAAUUAAUCCUUUCAAAUUGCUAUAAAAUCAUGUCAGAACCGAUUUCGAGCUUGCGUUAGGACAACAUACAGCUCCUUCAUAAUACCUUUUAGAGACGACAUGUGUUACACGUACUAACAUAUACUGUGCAGUAUUUAAAGGUGAUUUGCACUAUUGAAGGAGAUUUCUAUUAAAAAAUGUAAACAAUAACAUCUGCAUUUUAUAAAUAGCUGUAUUUUUACUUAAAAAUAGCUGUAUUUUUAACUGUAAUUUACAUAUUUAGAUUUAAUAACUACCAUCCUAUACAGUCAAUGCUACAAGAUUUCUAUAUUUAAAUAAGAAUAAAGAUUUUCGCAAAUGGAUUGCACACCAGGUGGAGGAAACCUGGAAUUAGUGAAAUGUGUGAAAAAAAUAUAUUUUAUCUGUCUAUUUGUACUCCUUAAAAUUGUCAAACUAUUCCUUCUUGUAUGAAUUUAAAAAUAAAAUACAUUUUCUAUGAAUGAA